AUGCCUGGAAUGGAAUUGUUAGAUCCUUGCUUGGACUGCCGCGAGGUCGAGUCCACUUUGACCCUCCGCAAACGUCGAGUAUGCAUAGAUUGCUAUAAACGAGUCGUCGGUUACAAGGUGUUUCGCCGAACGGAGAAAUAUCGUCUACGGAGGGAUCUACCAAAAACUGGAGAAUACAAAAUCCUGGUUCCCCUCUCUUACGGCCUCUCCUCGUCGGUUCUGCUGCAUUUGCUACACGAUCAAGUUCGAGUUCAGCGCUCCAAAUCCCACCCGCCACCAGGAUUCGAUCUCCAUGUGCUCAUCAUAGACCCGUCGACUAUCUCCCCUUCGCAGCCGGCGCAUGAUGAGGGCUUCGAGCUGGCGCAAAAGCUCUUCCCGCUUUGCACAUUUACCCGGAUCCCUUUCCACGAUAUAUUCGAGCAUGUCCCUGAUAUGCAGCAGACGAUGGCUCAGUUCGCCGGCACGAAGUUCACCGAUAAUCCCUCCUUGUCGCAUAAGGAGCGCCUGGAUGCGUUCCGGUCCUCCAUCGAAUCCGCCACAUCGAAGGCUGACGUGGACGGCGCCCUCAGGAACAGACUUAUCGUUGCUAUCGCGAAGGAAGUUGGCGCAAAGACCAUCCUAUGGGGAGAUUCGGAUACUACGCUUGCUGCGAAGACUCUCGCAAACGUCGCCAAGGGACGUGGCUCUUCGUUGACAUGGCAAGUAUCGGACGGCAUGUCUCCAUCUGGGCUAGAAUUCAACUUCGCUCUGCGCGACUUGUUCACGGUCGAACUGCGUAAUUACGCCAGCUUCUUCCCAGAACUGUCCCGCAUGAUCCUGCCGGAUGAGCCACCGUCUGAAAACACCUUAACAAAGAACCUGUCUAUUGAUGAAUUGAUGAUGCGAUAUGUCCAAACUCAAGGUGAAAAAUAUCCUGGCGUGAUGUUAAAUGUGACCAGAACCGCAAACAAGCUUCAAUCUUCCCAAGGACCGGCCCAAAAGUCUCAGUGCACCUUCUGCGGCAGUUCCAUUUGGGAGGCCGAAGAUAGACCUACUUCGGUCGAGGGCCAAACCCCCGGGUUCUGCUACGCCUGUGCUCGGUCUCGCCCUGAUCUCAGCUGCUAA